UCCCCCAGAAUCCCCAAUCUCUCUCCCCGUCACCCGCCGCCCGCGUCGUCUCUCCCGGCGACGACGUGCCGGCCUCUCCUCUCCUCCCAAGCUCCCCAGCCGACCACCCCGCCCGCCCCUGACUUCCUCUUUCCCGCGCUUCUCCCUCCCACAGCCACCGCCGCUCGAGCUGCCACGCCAGCCGCAGCGGCUACAGCCCUCCCCUCUGCUCCCACCGCCGUCGAGGGUGCCCCCGCGGCGCUCCAGUCGCCGCCGUGAUCCGCAGCAGGCCACGCGCAGUCGAAACCCAUCGGAAUCCCCGCGCCGCCAUGCUUCGCCUCCAAAGCUGCAUCGCCUCCCAUCUCCUCUCGUCUCCAUCCGCCCAUCUCCGCCGCCUCCUCUCCGCGGCCGCGCCCGCCGUUUCCCCGAGCACGGGAUUCGCUGCGGAGGAGUACCUCGUCGCCACCUGCGGCCUCACCCGAGCGCAGGCCCUCAAGGCUUUCCCGAAGGUCUCCCACCUCAAGUCCCCCUCCAAUCCCGACGCCGUCCUCGCCUUCCUCGGCGGCCUCGGCCUCUCCAGAGCCGACGUCGCCGCCGCCGUCGCCAAGGACCCCAGGCUACUCUGCGCCCGCGUGGAGAGUACUCUGGCCCCCAACUUCGCUGCGCUCAGCGGCAUCGGGCUGUCGCGCUCCGAGAUCGUGCGCCUCCUCCGCUUGCGCUGCAGAUCUGUCGUCUCCAAGCUGCAGUACUACCUGACCCUCUUCGGCUCCUCCGAGGCCUUCCUUCAGGCGCUGAAGUUCAACUGCAACCUCCUCACACACAGCAUCGAGAGUGCGGUCGAGCCCAAUGUAGCGUUGCUGCGGGAGUGCGGGCUGGGUGAUCGCGACAUUGCCAAGCUAUGCGUUGGUAUGCCAUGGCUGCUGACUGCCAACCCAGAAUGCAUCGGAUCAAUGGUUGCUCGCGCCGACGGUCUUGGCGUGAGCCGGGAAUCUCCCAUGUUCAGGCACGCGAUGCAUGCUGUUGCAUUCCACAGCGAGGAGAAGAUUGCUGCCAAAAUGGAGUACCUGAAAAAGACGCUCAGGUGGUCGGAUGCUGAGGUGCGCAUUGCUUUGUCCAAGUCUCCAAUGAUGCUGAGGAGUUCUGAGGGCAUGGUGCAGCGCAUGUCAGAGUUCCUCUACUCUGAGAUGGGGUUGGAACCAGCAUACAUUGCUCAUCGUCCGGCAAUGCUCGCUUACAGUCUGGAGCGCCGGAUCAGACCCAGGUACUACGUUGUUAAGUAUCUUAAGGAAAAUGGAUUGGUAAGUCGUGACCGGGACUACUAUUCCGCACUCACGCCGUCCGAGAUGGUAUUCUUGGAGAAGUACAUAUGCCCUCACAAGCAAGCUGCGCCGUACCUUGCUGAAGACUAUGAUGAUGCUUGCAGAGGACAAGUGCCCGAUAGGUUCAGAUUUGCAUGAACCAAGAACAAGGCCACUGUUGUUGUGUAGCAAGAUCCUCCUCCUUGCUAUAUAGGAGUAUUAGCAUUCUCUUAAUCUUUGAGUGUUUUUAAUCUGUGGGCAUGCACCUGCAAUACCUCAUGACAAGUGAUGUGAUCCCUUUGAGUAGGUACUGCUUUUCUUAUAUUUAUAUAGUUUCAUGUGCACAUUGAGGGUUAUGCCCUUUUUGUGCUGUUAUCAGACUGUGGCUGUAUACCUUUUGAAAUCGUGAGCACCUGGUGCAUUACGAGUCAAACUCUUAAUAAUCUAAUUAUACUAGGAGAGGUUGUUAUUCCUUUCUGUCUCCGAUCAUAGUUAAGAACAACUUUAUUUGGAGGCACUUGAACAUGGUUUAGAGCAAUGAUUACGUGGCAAGAUUGCAUCUUGGCUGUCCAUCAGUUAGACUCGUCACCAGUAUAGAUUGUUGAUAUCAAUGGAUGUGUUCGUAGUAUAUAAAUAAUUGUUUUUGUUAAACAGUAGUACUCCAUUGUCAUGCAUAUUUUUGCCAUUUAGACCUCACAGUUUCAUCAGAAUUCGAUGUUGUAUGGUUCUUCUUUCUGAAUUGAAUUGUAUUACGCUUUACCUUUUCUCGCAGGAAAUUACUAAUUCUGCACUGACAUUUCAAUUCAAUCCCAGGUUUCCCGUUUGUCUAUUAAAAGUGUUCCUUUAUCCUUAUCAGUGUGCCAGCUCAUACACCGUACCGAGCCCGUCUCUGUUGUACUUCGUAAGAAUGAGCUAUAUACUGACUACCUCUUGACCUUGUGUUGGCAUAGCAGAGUACUCAUGGAUGGGCAAGAACACACCUCUAAUAAGAUGUUUGAUGCAGCAGUAGUGUUUUUUUUUUAAGUCUGCAAAAAUGUGCAUCUUCUCAUAAAGCCUCCGCAACU